UCUCGAUCAUGACCAGUUCCACCAGGCAACGCCGGUCACAUCUGCCGACGGUAGAGAGCAAUCAUGGCUCAGAAUCAGAACGGCUGGACAAAGAUAACCUACACGACCCAGAGAAGGUCACAUUCAGACAACGAAUCAAGCAUUUCACGUUUGCUUGGUUCGCUGGGACCAUGGCGACGGGGGGUAUUGCGACUCUUCUCAACGCCCAACCCAAUCAAUUCACAGGGUUAAAGACAAUCGGGAAGGUGGUCUUCAUCUAUGAUUUGGUCCUUUUUGUUGCUUUUACAGCUAUUAUCAGCGCAAGAUUUGUUAUGUUUCGCGGGACAUUCAUGAGUGCCCUCACCCAUCCUACCGAAUCGCUCUUCAUCCCGACCUUUUUCCUGAGUAUCGUCAACAUCUUCGACUGCAUUCAGGCGUACGCUGUUCCCGUCUGUGGCACUUGGCUCUUGGUCGUACAGCGCAUCGCUUUCUGGAUAUACCUCGCCUGUACUUUCUUGCUUGCAGUUGGCCAGUACACAUAUCUGUUCACAGCGCCACCCAAUCGUUUGACUGUCCAGUCAAUGACCCCGUCUUGGCUGCUACCAAUAUUUCCUGCCAUGUUGACAGGAACAUUUGCGAGUCAGAUUGUCAGCACACAGCCUGAGCAGCAUCAAGCAACCAUCAUCGUUGCCGGCAUCACCAUGCAAGGGCUCGGCUGGAUGGUCUCGUUUUUGAUGUACGGCGUAUACAUCACGCGAUUGAUGCAGUAUGGCCUACCUGAGCCAAAGCUACGUCCUGGAAUGUUCAUCGCAGUUGGCCCACCGAGUUUCACUGGUCUUGCGCUCAUCGGUAUAUCAACGAGCGUGCCGUCUGACUACGGGGUUUUCGCAGCCAACCAGGGAAUGGCGGAGAUGAUGAAACAACUGGCGCUGCUGUUAGCCAUCUUCAUCUGGGCUCUAGCUUUCUGGUUUUUCUGUAUUGCUUUGGUCGCGACACUGCAGACUGUCAAACAGAUGAGCUUUAAGUGUGUUUGGUACGCCAUGAUUUUCCCAAACGUGGGACUUACGAUCGCACUCAUUCAGAUUGGAAAGCAGCUUCUCAGCCCUGCGAUCCAAUGGAUCACAAGUAUCAUGACAAUCAUUCUCAUCGGUCUGUGGUUGUUUGUGAUGGUGGCGCACGCGAGGGCUGUGGUCCAGAAGCAAGUCAUGAUGCCCGGUCUCGAUGAAGACAAUGAUCAGUAUGAGGAUGACAACCAAUAG